UUCAUUUGUGGGUGUUCGUACUGUCCGACCUUCUUUUACAAGAAAAACAAGAAGGCACUAGGCAGCUGUAAACAUACUCAAAGCUGAAUAUGAUUCGGCUUAUUUUAAGAAAGACUGUUGCGUUACCCCCGUUCAGAUGCUCUCCAGCAGUAACUGUGAGACUUUACCAUGCCGACAGCGUGGCAACUGUGGGUUCACAGCCAGACGAACAGUCUGCAGUGUAUCAAGAAAACUUCGAACGAAUGCAAGCACUUGUGAAGGACUUAAGGGACAAGACCGAAAAAAUAAAAUUAGGAGGUGGUGAGAAAGCCAGAAAUCUGCACACAUCCCGAGGUAAACUCCUACCCCGAGAACGAAUUGACAGACUUUUGGACCCAGGGUCACCUUUUCUAGAGUUUUCCCAGUUUGCGGCCUACAACUUGUAUGGUAAAGAAGAGGUGCCAGCUGGAGGUAUCAUCAGCGGAAUUGGACGAGUCUCCGGGGUUGAAUGUGUCAUCGUAGCAAAUGAUGCUACAGUCAAAGGUGGGACAUAUUAUCCAGUAACUGUGAAAAAGCAUCUUCGUGCUCAAGAGAUCGCACAGCAAAACCACCUGCCAUGCAUCUACCUGGUUGAUUCAGGUGGAGCCAAUUUGCCCAGACAGGCUGAUGUAUUCCCUGACAGAGACCACUUUGGAAGAAUUUUUUUCAACCAGGCCAGACUCUCAUCUGAGGGCAUAGCACAGAUUGCUGUGGUGAUGGGCUCGUGCACUGCAGGAGGUGCCUACGUUCCUGCUAUGGCUGAUGAGAGCAUCAUUGUUCGAAAGCAAGGGACCAUUUUCCUUGGUGGGCCUCCACUGGUAAAAGCUGCCACAGGUGAAGAGGUCUCUGCAGAGGACCUCGGAGGUGCUGAUCUCCAUUGCAGAAAGUCAGGUGUAACAGACCACUAUGCAUUGGAUGAUGAUCAUGCACUACAUUUGGCAAGAAAAGCAGUACGAAAUCUGAAUUACAAGAAGCACAUUGACGUGACUGUAGAACCUAGUGAGCCCCCCCUGUUUCCUGCUGAAGAGCUGUAUGGCAUUGUGGGAGAAAAUCUGAAGAGAAACUUUGACGUGAGAGAAGUAAUUGCAAGAAUUGUCGAUGGGAGCAAGUUUGACGAGUUUAAGGCCUUCUAUGGAGACACAUUAGUCACAGGUUUUUCCAGAAUUUUUGGCUACCCUGUUGGAAUUAUUGGGAACAAUGGAGUUCUGUUUUCAGAAUCUGCAAAAAAGGGAUCACACUUCAUUGAGCUGUGUUGUCAAAGAAACAUUCCUCUGAUAUUUCUUCAAAAUAUAACUGGCUUCAUGGUGGGGAGGGAAUAUGAGGCAGGUGGCAUCGCAAAAGAUGGCGCCAAGAUGGUCACUGCUGUAGCCUGUGCCAAUGUGCCUAAGAUCACUGUAAUCAUUGGGGGAUCCUAUGGAGCUGGAAACUAUGGAAUGUGUGGACGAGCAUAUAGCCCCAGGUUCCUGUACAUGUGGCCUAAUUCCCGGAUUUCUGUGAUGGGAGGGGAGCAGGCCGCCACUGUCCUGGCCACCAUCACAAAAGACCAGAGGAUACGUGAGGGGAAAGAGUUCACAGCUGAGCAGGAGGUUGCGAUGAAAGAACCCAUUAUUAAACGAUUUGAGGAAGAAGGAAAUCCAUUCUUCUCUAGUGCAAGGCUUUGGGAUGAUGGGAUCAUUGACCCUGCAGACACACGACUUGUUCUCGGGCUGAGUCUCAGUGCUGCACUCAACUCCCCAAUUCAGAGGACGAAAUUUGGUGUUUUUAGAAUGUGAGCAUAUAGAGUGUUGACCAUAGAGGCAUUUUGCAAAGUUAUAGUUGAUCAUUAGGAACGCGACAGGUGUUGUUGUUUUCUUUGUUCUUUUCGUAUAUCUAUUUGGGGAAAAGUCAGAAAGAUUUGACAGAUAUGUACAUUAUUUACUAACUUUUUUUGUGGAGGAUGGGGAAAGUAUGAAAUUGGAAAAAAAUAAAGUCCAAGGCUUUGUAACCUA